GGUUUUUUGGUAGUAAUCUUUGGCUGUAUGAUUUUUCUAGUACAUCUUAAUUCUAUUAAGUUCACUAAAGACAAAUGAUGUCCAAUGAAGGUUAUCAUGUAUUAUGGCAUGUGGUUUUCCUCAGACUCCUUGGGAUCCAGAAGUUGAUCUUUGGUGGCAUGACAUCAUGAAAAAUGCUAGCAAGGAGUGUGAGCCUGUCUGGUGUGAUGCAGAAGAUGAAUUGUUUAUUCUCUACACCAGUGGAUCAACAGGGAAACCGAAGGGUGUUGUACACACAAUAGCUGGAUAUAUGCUUUUCACGGCUGCUACAUUUAAAUAUGUUUUUGAUCAUCAUCCUGAGGAUAUUUACUGGUGCACAGCUGAUAUUGGAUGGAUAACUGGCCAUUCCUAUCUCACAUAUGGACCCUUGGCAAAUGGGGCAACCAGUGUCUUAUUUGAAGGGCUCCCUAUUUACCCAGAUGUUAGCCGUAUGUGGAACAUCAUAGACAAGUACAAGGUGACCAAGUUCUACACAGCACCCACUGCCAUUCGUCUCCUCAUGAAAUAUGGAGAUGAACCUGUCAAGAAAUACAGCAGGAAAUCCCUGAAAGUGCUAGGAACAGUUGGAGAACCCAUAAACCCAGAAGCUUGGUUGUGGUUUUAUAGAGUAGUUGGUGAAGAACAAUGCCCUAUAGUGGAUACCUUCUGGCAAACGGAAACUGUGAGUUCUUUAUAUUCAGCUUCCUUAUUAUCCUGUGAAUUACUUCGUUAUUUCUGUGAUUCCUUGUUCUCCAAGGCCUGGAUUUCACACUUACCUGCCAACUCAUUACAGCAUGUCAUAAUUUAGGUGCUGUUCCUUCGUUGUAUAUUUGUA